AUGGCUGCUAAUGCGAUAGCUAUUGAUGAAGAGGAAGCAGAAAUUAGGAUUAAGAAGAAACGGGCUAAACGAAAGUGGAGUGUGCAUCCUCUUUGGAGAAUGCGUAAUUUUAACGGAGAAUUUAACACCUUAUGCAGAUACUUAGCAGACGAUGAAGAUAAAUUCUUUGGAUAUUUUAGAAUGUCCAAAGAAAACUUUGACAUUUUACUAAAUGAGCUGAAGCCCGCACUUAGAAGACAUCAGACGAGAUUAAAGACACUAAUAGAACCUAAACAACGUUUAGCAGUAUGUCUCAGAUACGACAACUGGAGAUCCCUACUUGACUAUUUCAUUCAGUUUUCGGUUGGUUCAUACAACCGUCCAUGA